AGAAGAGAGAAAAACAGAGAUGAGAAAUCGAUCCUCAAAACAGGGGAUUAAAGGAGGAGGAUCAGAAAUGGAGAUGGAGAAGAAAGAAGGAGCUCAUCUCUCUGGUGCUUACAUCCGUAGCCUCGUCAAACAACUAAGCUCUUCCAGAACCAAAGACCCUAUCAACCAUAAACCCACCGUUACUGGAGAUGGUGAUGAUGGGUUCCCUCAAAACUUCCCUAAACUUAGCGAACGUUUGCUGGGUGAGACCCAACAACCAAAUCAACCCCAACCCCAACAACCUCAACAACAACAACAACAACAACAACAACAACCAAAGAAACAGGUGAGGAGGAGACUCCAUACUAGUAGGCCUUAUCAAGAAAGGCUUCUAAAUAUGGCUGAAGCAAGGAGAGAGAUUGUGACUGCACUUAAGUUCCAUAGAGCUUCCAUGAAACAAGCCACUGAACAACAACACCAAGAACCUCCAUUCCAAACAUUGGAAACUCCACCCCAAAUUCAAUUUCCUCAACCCUCCUUAGAACAUGCAGAGAAGAUGAAAACCAGAAGAAACCCUAGAGUUUAUCAAUUAGGAGACAACACCAAUUACUCCAAUUAUAUAUCCUACCCAUCAUCAUCCUUUCCUUUCCCCCCUCAAACUCAAUUCUCAUGGCCUUCUUCUUCCCCAAUUCCAACCUCACCAAUCAGUACUGAGAACUACAAUUUUUCCUUACCCAAUCAAACCCUAGGCCUAAAUCUCAAUCUCCAUGAUUUCAAUUACAACAACAACCCAUCAAUCUACUCAUCUUCCUCUCCAUCAUCAUCAUCAUCUUAUUCUCCUCCCACUGCAAUGGAGGAAGUUCCACCAUCAUCAGCCGAAGAACCUCCAAUGAUGGACGAUGGGAGUGACUCUGGUGUGAGGACAGGAGAUCACCUUCUGCAUCCAGCCAUGGAUGAUGAGGAGAUGGCAGAGAUCAGAUCCAUUGGAGAGAAGCAUCAGAUAGAAUGGAACGAUACUAUGAAUUUGAUGACAUCGGCUUGGUGGUUUAAGUUCCUCAAGACUAUGGAGAUCAGCCCAGACCCGGAGAGCAAACAAGACGAUGGGUUUCAGAACCCAUUCGAUGAGGUCUUGGAGUUUCCAUCUUGGUUGAAUGCAAACGCAUACGAGAGCUGCUUCCUGCAACAGAAUUUGGAGUAUUUACAAGAUCCUGCCUUGCCCUGCAUGGACAUUGGAGAAAUUGAUGGAAUGGAUGCCGAGUGGCUAGACUAAGUGGAGUGGAGGUUGAUUAAUUUUUGUUAUCAAAUCUUGGUUUGGUUUGGUUUCUUCUUUUCUUUCUUGGGUCCAAUUUUCCCUACUAAUAAAAGCUUGAGAGGGUGUGCAAACCACAUGCGGAGGAGGAGAAUAAUGGUGGAAAUGAAAAACCUGCACUUUU